AUGAUGAUAACCGUGCAGAGCGAUAUCCCGAAUAUUAAUGUUGAAUCAUCACCAUUGGCUGAUCAACUUCAACUGAAACGAACUCGAAAAAUUCUUCUCAUCGCAGUUGGUGCUUUUUGGGUACUCUCUUUGUUCAAUAUGAUUAGUACUGGUCUCGAGUUGCCAAGAGUACCUGAUUCAGAACGAAAAAUAAAAAAUUUAAUAGUUGGACAAGCUGUUUUAUCGGUUGUAUUGAACACUUUUGGACUAUUUGCCAUUUUUGGUUACCGUCGAACAGGCCUACUUGUGUUCGCAUGGCUUAACAUCGUCGAGUUGAUAUUUAUUAGCAUUGUGAUUGCAUUUGUUUUAUUUGCUGUUGGUGAAGUGAUAUUUGUAGCAAGUCAAAACAGUGUUCACAACGCUCACAUUAUGGGUCCGGGAAUAAUUAUUGCCAUAGAUGCCAUAUUACUGCUUUCUUAUUUCGCUGUAAAAACGUUUAUCGUCAAAUAUAGUUUCAAAUUGGCACGAAUCAUUAAAGCUAAUAAACAGUUCAUCACUCAAAAAGUCUAA